AUGGAACAUGGGGUGCACAAGUUCUUCACCGGCAUGGAGGAGUCCUUCAGCAAGAUCACAAGGCCCACUUGGCUUGGCGGUGGCGGCGGUGCUGGCGGUGGCAGUGGGCCCUCCAGACAAGCUCCGAUGCCACCACCAGUGGUGCACACCAAGCAGACUCGGCCCACACCGACCCCAAGCGGCGAAGAUGAUGCAACCAUGCGGCAUCAUUGUGCUGCUCUAGAGCGGUUGGUGGAGAUGGGCCUCUCGCCCCAGGCCGCGAAGGUUGCCGUGCGACAUUUGGACAGCUGGCUGGUCAGUGAGGAUGGCAGGUCCGAGAUGGCAGUGGCAGAAGCAGAGGCAACCAACGUGGGAGAGCCAAUCCUGCAUGUGCACGAUCAAGUGCGCUUGGAGGGGCUAGUCAAGAACAAAGGCACCAAUGGGAUGAUCGGCACCUUGGAAGCGUAUGGCGCUGACAGCCACCGCUGGAAGGUUCGGCUGACGGACGACCAGGUCUUUUGGAUCAAGCCGAAACUACUUCGGCCUUUGAAAAUGCAGCGGAUGCCGCUGCCCUUGCCAGAUCCCUCACCGCCCGAGCACACGACGGGUGAAGACGAACAGGCAGGGUCGGAAAGCGGAGGCGCUGCCGUGAUAUUUCUUGGUGUAGACGGGGGCGGGCAUGCAAGCAGCAGUGGCAGCAACGCCUCUACACGCCUCGAGCUGGACGGGCAGAUCCACGAGAUCCGGUAUGGGCCCGGCCAAGACUUCGAGUCGCCGCAGGACUUCUUCGCGCCCUGCCGCCGGGCCCUCCGCGAGCCGUGCGAGACACUGCUGCAGGUCCUAGAAGAGCUCGGGGGCUUGGAAGGCCUGCCGCUGGAUCCAACUGGAACUUUGUUCGUGGCCCUUCCCUUCUGUGGAAGCUCGCAAGAGUUGCCGAUCCUGGCGAACUUCUUGUCAACCCGCUGCUUAGGAAAGCGAGGAGUGGCCAAGAUCUCGAUUUUGGCCUCGGAUGUCCAAGAUUGGUCAGAGCUUGGAGGGUACUGGAGACAAAAGGAGAAGUAUGUCAAGCGGUGGUAUGAGCGGAUGGAUCUAAAGUUCUGCCAGCUGGAUUUGCAAGGGAUCCGGCACCCCGCCUCAUCACUGACCUUUGCAUUUCACCCGGAAUGCACGGUUCACAGAGAUGUGUGGCGCCGUAUUCUGUAUAAUGUUAUCACCGCCUCAACCGGAUUGUGCGUGGUCGGAACAUUCAACGACGAGGAGAUGAAGGUGGUCGUUGGGGUCUGCCAAGAACUGGGUCGACGAGUUCAGUGUCAAAGGAAUCCGUACUACGCGGUCCCAAAGCCAGGCGGAACGACGCCACCCUUUCUGAACUAUCUGAUUCUCGUGCGCUGA